AAAAAAAAAAAAAAAAAAGCAGAUGGCCUGCAAAUAGUGCAACCGCGUACUAAAAUUGCGAUACUCCGCAAAUAAAAAAAAAGCGAAUAUGUUUCAUAGAAACCUGUUACAGUUUUCCCGUCUAGUCAACGUUCAUAAUCCUCAGGUUUGUUCCUUAGCGGCUGCAUUCGUGCGCCGAUACUCAUUCAAUCAAAAUGCGCAACUUUUGUGGCUCCGGCAACAACGACAUGAGCCGUGUGAGAAUGCACUUUGUUUUCCCACACGCCUUCUUCAUCUGUCUGCUUUAGUGACAUCCCAAAGCGGAAACGAUUCCAAAGCAAAUGUUCAGAAUGCAGCACCACAAUUGCUUUCCAAGCUAUUCCCUCAGACUGCGGUUGAGACGGCCGAAGCUGAAAAGGUUCAAGAACAAAAGCGUAAGGAGGAAGAGGAAUCCAAAAAAGAGAAAGAAUCUUCUUGGAAAAGAAUGAAGCUUGGCUUUAUAAUCUUCGGCGCUUCUGUCACGGCUUUCUCUAUCUAUACGGUGUUUAUAUUCGGUGCUCCAGAUCGCGACCCGGAAGGUAAUGUGAUCGAAGAUGAGUUCAGCCAAUUGCCAACGUUUCAACAAUACUUCAAACGUCUCUGGAAAUCGAUGACAUAUUACCAGAAAAUGAUCCAAGAGCCUUCGCGUGAAAAACUCCUGCCAGAUCCGCUCAAGUAUCCUUACAUUCAACCACCCUAUACGCUGGUUUUGGAAAUGAAAGAUGUGCUGGUGCAUCCGGAUUGGACGUAUCAAACCGGGUGGCGUUUCAAGAAACGUCCUGGCAUAGAUAAGUUCUUGGAAUCGUUAGCAAGACAUUUUGAAAUUGUAAUUUUCACUGCUGACCAAGGAAUGACGGUAUUUCCUAUCUUGGAUGCGUUAGAUCCUCACGGAUAUAUAAUGUAUCGACUGGUUCGAGAUGCUACUCAUUUUGUCGAUGGUCAUCACGUAAAGAAUUUAGACAACUUGAAUCGUGAUCUAAACCGCGUAAUUGUUGUCGACUGGGACCCUAAUUCGACCAAAUUACAUCCGGAAAAUACGCUCAACAUUCCGCGCUGGACCGGAAACGAUGAUGAUACCACCCUGUUUGAUUUGAUGGCAUUUUUACUCACCAUCGCCAAUAGCGAGGUGGACGACGUACGAGAAGUGAUGACUCACUAUAAGCAAUUCCCCAAUCCGUUGAUGCAGUUCCGAGAAAAUCAACGCCGCUUGGCAGAGCAAAUGGCGGAAAAAGAGCAAGAGGAGAAACACCGCACCAAACCAGCGAUACAAAAGUGGAAACCCAGUUUUCUUGGGAGUGGCCGUUAAGUAGAAAUUAGAUUGUUAUUUUACGUCUUUUAAAUAAGUCCCAGAAAGGUUUACACUGCUUGAAAUGUCCUUGACCGUUGGGCGGUAAUGCUGAACUUAAAAGAUUUGGUAAUUUUGUCUUGUAGCACGCCAAACAUUAAUAUCUGAAGCCUAAGUACAUUUCAAUCAGCAUUCAU